GGUUAGGUGACGAACUUCAGCACCGCCCCACUCGGGGCAUGAAAGGGGAGGGAAGAGGCUGUGCUGAUCCCACGUGUGACGCUUGCAUUCCCGGUUCAGUAAUAUUUUCAUAGCGGGGCUUUGCUUUGCUUUGGCUGUGUUUGUGUGUGUUUGUUAGUUUCUGCCUGUAGUUUGAUUAGCAAUGGAAGGAGACGGGAGCCAAACCACCUCUGGAAACUCAAAUGAUUCGCAACAUGACCCGGGUAAAAUGUUUAUCGGUGGCCUCAGCUGGCAAACAUCACCAGACAGCCUUAGAGACUAUUUCAGUAAAUUCGGGGAAAUAAGAGAAUGUAUGGUAAUGAGAGAUCCUACGACAAAACGAUCCAGAGGAUUUGGGUUCGUUACGUUUGCAGAUGCCGCCAGCGUAGAUAAAGUCUUAGCGCAAACACACCACGAAUUAGACUCAAAGACGAUUGAUCCUAAAGUUGCCUUCCCUCGACGCACUCAACCUAAGAUGGUCACAAGAACAAAGAAAAUAUUUGUGGGCGGAUUAUCGGCGAACACGGUAGUUGAAGAUGUGAAGCAGUAUUUUGAACAGUUUGGAAAGGUAGAAGACGCCAUGCUUAUGUUUGAUAAGACGACUAACAGGCAUAGAGGUUUUGGCUUCGUAACUUUCGAGUGCGAGGACGUCGUAGAGAAAGUCUGUGAAAUUCAUUUCCAUGAAAUCAAUAAUAAAAUGGUGGAAUGUAAGAAGGCCCAACCAAAGGAGGUGAUGUUCCCCCCAGGAGCACGAGGACGAGCCAGAGGGCUUCCUUACACCAUGGACGCCUUCAUGCUGGGGAUGGGCAUGCUGAGUUACCCAAACAUUGUGGCGACCUAUGGCCGUGGCUACACUGGAUUCGCCCCCAGCUAUAGCUACCAGUUUCCCGGUUUCCCAGCGACGACGUACAGUCCCGUGGCGGCAGCGGCGGUAGCAGCGGCAGCAGCACGAGGCUCAGGUAGGGGCGCCCGCGGGAGAGGCGGAUACAUGGCGUACCCGCAGAGCGCAGGGCCAGGCUUCCCUGAUUAUGGCUUUUACUCGGCGGCGGCGGCGGCGGGCGGGGAGCAGCGCGCGGGCCCCUGCUCCUUUGCAGACUACGGCUCCCUGGGGCCGCAGGCCGCUGCACAGAUGCUGCAGAGCGAGCACUCCGCCUCGGCCUGCACCUCCCCUCUCCAGCACCUGCCCAGCCCGGAGCAGUUUAAGAGCCCAGGCGCAAAUCCUCAACGCCCUGGUGGGUUCCCCGGCGCCAACAGCCCGGGCCCCGUGGCCGACCUGUACGCUGCCAGCCAGGACUCUGGCGUGGGCAACUACAUCAGCGCUGCCAGCCCCCAGCCUGGCUCCGGCUUUGGGCACAGUAUCGCUGUGAGUAUCGCUGGCCCGCUGAUUGCGACCGCUUUCACAAACGGAUACCACUGAACCCGAGCAGAUGGUUGGUGGCCAUCUCAUCGGAGCAGAGGAUGCUGGGAGGCCCAGGGAGGACGGAGCUUGUAAUUGGUUCAGUGUACAGUUGAUGUCAAUCGACUUCAAGCACCACAGCAGCCCACUGGUGGAAGAGGCAAGGAGAUGGCACCAUAUAUACGAAGAACAAAAGAGUGUUGUUGUUGUUGUUGUUUUUUUUCAAAUAUAAAUCAAGAUCAUCUCACGAAAAAAAAAAAAAAAAAAAAAAAAACUGCUGUACCAUAAAUCCAAACUCCUAUAUUCUGAUAUAUUUGUUUAACGGCAUUUCUUUUCUUUUAUCCUAGUACUUUGAAUUUUACUUGUGAAUUUUAUGUCAGAUUUGUUUUGUUUUGCUUUCGAUGUUCUUUCUUUGAACCCCACUUCCAGCCUUCAUCGUUAACAGGAUUAGAGUCUAUUGCCUUUGGUACAAUUCUUGGAGAGUUCUUAACGAGUCAUUUUUGCUCACAUGUAAAACAAGUGAAAAGACUGAACAUGUUGGGGAAGAAGACACAUUUAAUUUCAAGUGGAAAUUGCGAGGGUAAAAAUAUAAAUCUUAGUAUCUGUUUUUAAUUAUUGUGAUGUAUCAUUAUUUGACCAUAAUUACCUAUUUUUGGGCAAUACAAAGAGGACUCCAAUAUUUUUAUGGUCCUUUUUUUAUAAGUGUUGUUUUUUGUCGUUUAGAAACAAAAAUGUAUACUAUAACAUUUUUCAUAUAAAUACAUUGUGAAUUGAGAUUUAAGAAAAUGUACAUAUUAUACCAGUCUCUGCAUAUAACCAACUAAGAAUGAAAAAAGACAUAUUUUUUCUGACAGUGUCUCAACAAAGUGUCCCCAGGGUGUAUAUAAACAAAAAAAUACAGCUCAAAACAGAUCAUCAGUCGGUUGUUAGUGAAAAACAGCAGAUACCCCUGUGGUAAUAUACAGUAUAUGAUAUAUCAGAGUACUGAUGUCUUGCUCUGUAAAUAAAACCGAGAUGAACAGCAUCACAAGUGUCAUACCAGCAUAUUUCCAAAUGGUGAGAACAGGUCAUUGCUUAAGGAAACAAAACAAAAACAAAACAAAAAAAAACAAAGCAAAUAUGGAGGCGUAUAACAUCACAACUGACAUACGAGGGAUCAGUAUCAUUUUUAAGAGAAUAAUGACAAAAUCCAAAGCACACUGUAUUUAGUGUUAAAGAAAAUAACUGCAUUCUGUCCAGAGAUUUUACAAUGACCUUCGCAUCCUGACACUUUUAUACUCUGGAGGGGGAAAAAAAGACUUACUAUGUUAUUUGUUGAUGUUGUUGUUGUUUGUUGUCGUUUGUCUGCUCCAGAUGGUUCGGCUCUCCUUCAGAACACAGGUUCUGAACUAUUAUGUAGCAGAGCCAAUGAGGACGGCUUAUUCUUUUGCUCGGUUCUCUGUUGAAAGAAAUACGAAGGCAAACGUUUUUAUAUCAUACCUCAGCCCCCGUGACUCUCACCUGGGGAAAAACGUAACUGAUUUAAUUUAUUUUCAGUAGUUGAUGAGAGAGUUAAAAUAACAAAAAUACUGAUGGAGUUCAAGGAAAUAAAAUCAUUGCACUGUGACCGGUAUGAAAGAUUUGAACCAUUUUCCUUUGUUUGCACAUGUUAAAUGUUGGUGAUGUUGGUCCUUAAAAUUAGUCAAGUAUGAAGAACUGUUGUAACAUGAAUGUCAAAACGAAGCAAUGAAUACCAAUUUAUAACCUAAUGUCUUGAUUUUAGAGAGGGGAUAUAGGCAGCCUUUGUGAUAUGGGUCUGGUGUCAGAGUUUCACCCAGGUAGACGGAAGGAGAUUGGUCAUAGCAGUAAUCAUCGCUGCUGUGGGAAAUUUGAACAGGACUGGUUUAGCUCAAAUAAAGAGCAUCAUAGGGGGAUGUUUAGAGUGCAGAUUGUCAUAUAUGAUAAUGGGUUUAUUGUAUAUUCUGAUGUACAUUUGUCUUUUUUCCUGCUGCAAAUGUAUUGUUUUAUUUUAAUCUAUGUUUUGUUUAUUUUAUUUUAUUGACUCUGAUGUUCAAAACAACCAGGUAAAGCGAGAUGCUGGAUGCUUUUUAAAUAAUAUGGAGACAACAAUUUAACCUGAGAAAAAAAAAUGGAAGAAAACUAUUGUAAAGUUCACAUGUAAACAGAAGAAGCAAAUGAAAUACAAAACUGAAAAAAAAGAAAAAAAUGCUCCUGAUUGCUGAUUUCAAUUUUGCAACAGGGUUUUAUUGACAUUUUUGUGGUUGUUAAUAAUUAUAUUAAUAAUUAUAAUAGCGAUAUUAUUCUAAUGUACGGUGGAUCUAUCAGUUCCUCUCUUGCCAUUCCCUGUCACCAUAUACAAUCUUUGGUUCAUCAUUGUAUUUCAUUCUUGUGCAAAAGAAGACCUCGUAACAGAGUGCUGUUUUUGAGAACCCGUGUAGAUGUCGAUCUUCUUUGAUGUUCUCUCCAUGUAUCUUCUCACACCUUCCUCUAGUCUUUGUAAGUAGUCGUAGAUGUUAUGUAUUUAGAAUAAACUCGUAGUUCGUAGCAGAUUUAGGACCAGUAAGGAUAGAACUUUUUCAUAUUAUCAGUGCUUCACACAAAAUUGCAACCAGUUCAUUUUAUAGCAACUUUGCUGUAGCGUUGUUGUUUUUUUCUUUUUCUUUCUUUGUUGUGUUUGCGGUUUUCACAUGGUUUCAACUAACCAAAGCUUACACAUGAGAAUUAUAAAAAUGCUGUAAGACAGAAUUUUAAAAUAGGCAUUCUUUGGAUCCCCACACCUUGAAUGUUUUUGAAAGGGGGUGUGCCAUACUACCUUAAAAGCUAAUGCACGACUUUUAUUUUGAAUUAUUUUCUAAGAGGGACACAAGCUAUAAUUAAGAAGAUUUUAUGUCAAAGAAAAUCAUAUUUUUUUAGAAGGUUCGCACAGACUAAUAAUGAUAAUUACAAUAAUUAUUAUUAUGAUAUUACUAAUAAAACUUGUUCUAUGUUUUGAUGUUUGUACACUUUGAAAAUAUCCUGGGUGCCACUGGCUCUGCUAUUUUUGGAUACCACUCUGUUUUUUAAACGCGUCUGCCUUUUACAGAAUCCGUUUUUUUUUUUUCUUUUGGUCAUAAACACCUAAAUCGGAGACAUUGGGAAUUAUUUUUGUACUCUCGACCAAGGACACCAGUGCUUUAUUUUAAUCAAAAGAGAGACUUGUUUACUUUGCCUUGUAGUGUGCAUACACACUGAAGGUGAAGGUGACAUGCUCUCAGAAAUGUGGGAUAGAAGAAAAGCAUUCAGAGGGUGGGUCUAGAGUUUAGAGUAGCUUAAACUGCUGUGUGAACAACAGGAAGUUGAUAGAAAGAAAGCUCCUUUCAGAAGCGAGUAUGUAUAGUAUAGAAGGCUUAUCUAUGAGUAACUACUGUCUGGGUGGCUUACAGUGCUGUUUGAGUUCUAAAACACUGGGUUUAGAACUAAACCUGAUGCACGGUAUGGAUCUUGUCCCUCUAUUUUUCUUUAAGUUACAGCUCUCCUUUGACUCUCUUAAGAAAUAUAACUAUAAUCACUUAAAUAUUUAUUAUUAUUGGGCUGAAAGACAUUUUGCAAGGCAGACAAACAGAGAGAACACUGGUUGCUUUUAAUAUUUGUUGAAAACUUUCCGUAAUGGAUAAAGUUUUGAUUAAACUAAAGACUGGUGAUCCACGAAAAUAGUCACACCAUCUCUAUUUUUAGUUACUUUGUUAAAUUGUUUCGCUUUUUUGUAACUUUUGAUCCCGUAGCUUGGACUUUAAGGUAGCAUGGCUCAGUUUACGUCCUUUUAUUUUCCAUUGACAGCAAAUAACAGCUGAUGAAUGUUACACAUCUUACUAGAUUAGUCAUUUCAUUGGAUAAUUGUUGGUUUAGAAAAAAAAAAUCUAAAAGGAUGAAAAAAAUUGACCUGGACGGUGUUUGGAGUGUACUACCGUAUCCAUUUAAACUUGAAUAUUUAGGCAAGUGCUAGGUAAUGGCCAACCCUUCAUCGCCUUUCAGUCAUGCAUUAAACAGGCAUACAUGCAUGUUUUAUUGGAUGUAUGCACUGGUACCUCUUUGUGUUAAUAUUUUUGACUACUCGCUAGUAGUGAACCCUUCCCACUACUGUCAUGGCAUACUUCCUGUCUGGCUCAAACAGUAGUGUCCCACACUGCUUAUGUCCCUCAUGCUCCCAACAUUUCACCUUCAUUAUUGUGCUGUAGGAGGUGAAACAGUGAUGAUGUCCAGCGAUGAUUCAUAAAACGCAAAAUUAAAACUACAAUAAUAAUAAUAAUAAUAAUACAUAUUUAUGACUGUUAACCAGUGCGUGGGCUUCCUACUGGGUAGUCUUAACUGUACAAAUGGACGAGUCCUUUGGCUGUAGCCGUUGCUUAGAGACAGUUACACACCUGGACGGUCGAAAAGCGACGGUGCAAUAGAGCUCACCAUAGCUACUGUCCUUCCGUUAGCCUUUCGCAUCCCGCUCGAGGGAGAGGUUGUUGCUAGGCGCUGGGGUUUUGUUGUUUGUUGUCAUUCUAUACUUCCCCAUUCUGCCUUGCCCAUUCCUACCACUUGCCCAUUUUUUUAACGUUUAAUGACUUUUUACUGCAAGAGACUGACAGAACUGACUGACUGAUGUCUGAAAGCAUCUUUCAGGUCUUCUUCUUGUACGGCUUUGCUCAAGCCCUGUUGUAAAAUAAAUGAAAUAAAAAAUAAAACUCAAAUGGAUGGGGGUCUCUCACAUCUCAGAUGUGGAAAGUAUAAUUUUAUAUUUGUAUUUUCAAAUAAUAUUAAUAAAAAGAUGUUUGUGAAAGGUUUCCAUCCUCUACUGUGGUCCAGAAAUCGAUGUGUCUGUCUGGAAAAAAAAUAAACAAAUAAAAACAAAAUGAAGUA